AUGCAAAGAGCUAUGGACAAACUCGCAGCAUGGGCCGAAGACUGGUGUGUCACGAUCAACAAAGAGAAGUCGUCCACCACACUGUUCACCUUGUCAACAAAGCAGAGAGCUGGGAAGGUCAUGCUGGCUGGAACUCCACUAAAGGAGGAAGACGAAGCCACAUACCUUGGGGUUACCUUUGACAAGCGGCAGGCUUGGAAAGCACACAUCAGCCGUGUAGAAGGGACGGCACGAAGGAAGCUUGGGAUGAUGCGAAAACUUGCUGGGACAACCUGGGGUGCAAAUGAGCAAAUACUGAAGACUGUAUAUCAGGGCACAGUAAGACCCACCAUGGAGUACAGCUCAGCCACAUGGUCCACAACAGCCAAGACAAACCAGCAAGCCCUGGAUAAGGUACAGAACCAGGAACUUCGUAUCAUCACAGGGGCCACCAAGUCUACACCAAUCGCCUUCAUGGAGAAACUGACCGGAAUUCAAACACAUCAAGAAAGAAGACAAACCAAGGUCCUUCUCCAGGCAAACAAGUACCAGUCCCUCCCAGACCACCCCAUGAACAGCAGACUUGAGGGAUUCACCAAGAACCGCCUCAAGCGCUGCAGCUUUGUACAUCAAGCAAAGAAGCUGAGUAGAGAGCAUGCAGCUGAACUAAACACUCAGACAAUUCCCUUGGGCCGAGCAGACAUCACCAACCCUACAGCAAAUGACCUGUCUGCAGUCAAAGUGGCACUUGCUAUUCCUGGACAAGACAUGGGCAAACAGGAAAAUGAGACCAUCCGUAGAAGUCUGACACUUGCGGCUAUCUACGCAGACUAUCCUUCGGACACAUGGACCCAUGUAUACACAGAUGGGUCAGCCACUAGAGCCGUUAAGGAUGGAGGCGGUGGUAUUCACAUAACGUACCCGUCAGGCCAGAAAACAGCCCAUUACAUCGCCACUGGGAAGCGCUGCAGCAAUUACAGAGCAGAGACUGAGGCACUCAUGAAGGCAGUCUUUUUGAUAGAAAACUCGCCAGAAGAGAUCACCUCUAGUCUAGGAAAAACAAACAUUUGUGUGCAGAGAUAUAUAGCCCGAAAUAGUAUCACAAUUCAAUAG